GCUGUUAAAGAAAAUAUUGAAAACAUGGAUAAAUUUGGUUUGAAGAGUCCACGUAAAAUUCUUGCCGAGAAUGUUAAUAAUGUAUGUAAAAUGUCCAUUGGUACUGAUGAACCCGUACCCAACAAGGAAGCAACAACAAAUACCACUACUACAAGCAAUAUUGCUGGCACGUCUUUGGCCGACCGACCUGCUGUUCCCUUUGAUCCGUCUAUUAAACCCCUGCUAAAGGAAAAUCCCAAACGUUUUGUUAUAUUCCCAAUACAAUAUUUGGAUAUUUGGCAGAUGUACAAAAAGGCUGAAGCUUCAUUUUGGACCGUGGAAGAAGUUGACCUCUUCAAAGAUUUAACAGAUUGGGAAAAACUAACAGACAAUGAACGCUUUUUCAUUUCCCAUGUUCUGGCCUUUUUCGCCGCCUCCGAUGGCAUUGUUAACGAGAAUUUGGUUGAACGCUUCUCACAGGAGGUCCAAGUGACAGAAGCCCGUUGCUUCUACGGCUUCCAGAUAGCCAUGGAAAAUGUUCACUCGGAAAUGUAUAGCAUUCUUAUCGACACAUACAUCAAGGAACGCGAUCAACGUGAAUAUCUAUUCAAUGCCAUUGGAACAAUGCCAGCAUCAAAAUCGGCCAAUUUCGGUGAACGUGUCAUCGCCUUUGCCGCCGUUGAGGGCAUCUUUUUCAGUGGCAGUUUUGCCUCCAUCUUUUGGCUUAAGAAGCGUGGCCUUAUGCCCGGCUUGACAUUCUCCAAUGAACUGAUUUCUCGUGACGAAGGUUUGCAUUGUGAUUUUGCCGUCUUAAUGUUCAAAUAUCUGGUACAGAAACCCAGCCGAGAGCGUAUCAUUGAAAUCAUCAGAGAGGCUGUUAAAAUUGAACAAGAAUUCCUGACAGAAGCAUUGCCCUGCAACUCGAUUGGCAUGAACUGUGAACUAAUGUCGGAAUACAUUGAAUUUGUGGCCGAUCGUCUGCUGGUUGAAUUGGAUGUUGGCAGAAUCUACAAUACCAAGAAUCCCUUCCCAUUCAUAGAAAUGAUGGCAAAACAAAUUUCUUUGAACGCAAAGUAGGUGAAU